CCCUACCGGUUUGUCUUUUCUGUACGGCUCUGGUAGUAUUAGAUUGGCCAAUCAACACGUGUUGGAGUGGAUGGAUGGUAGCUAAGCUACAUUCUAAAUCAAUUACUUUUUUUUUAUUAGAGAUUUGAAGGAAAAAAAUAUAUGUUCUAUACAUUGACAAUUUAAAAUCAAGUUCGAAGACUUACCGUUUGACCGCAGUGCACCAUUUAUUUUUGCCCUACUCCUACCCAGUGCCACAAUGAAGUACAUCCUGGUCACUGGUGGCGUCAUCUCUGGCAUCGGGAAGGGGAUCAUCGCCUCCAGCGUGGGAACCAUUCUCAAGUCAUGUGGUCUGCGCGUCACUGCCAUCAAGAUCGACCCCUACAUCAACAUAGACGCUGGGACCUUCUCUCCGUACGAGCACGGUGAGGUGUUUGUGCUGGAUGAUGGGGGUGAGGUGGAUCUGGACCUGGGGAACUACGAGAGGUUCCUGGACAUCAGACUGACCAAAGACAACAACCUGACCACUGGCAAGAUCUACCAGUCUGUCAUCAACAAGGAGAGGAGAGGAGACUACCUGGGGAAGACUGUACAGGUGGUGCCCCACAUCACUGAUGCCAUCCAGGAGUGGGUGAUGCGUCAGGCUAGAGUACCUGUUGACGAUGACGGUGUGGAGCCUCAGAUCUGUGUCAUCGAGCUAGGAGGCACCGUGGGAGACAUCGAGAGCAUGCCUUUCAUCGAAGCCUUCAGGCAGUUCCAGUUUAAGGUGAAGAGGGAGAACUUUUGUAACAUCCACGUCAGCCUGGUACCACAGCCCAGUGCCACAGGAGAGCAGAAGUCCAAGCCCACUCAGAACAGUGUCAGAGAGCUCAGGGGACUGGGCCUGUCUCCUGAUCUGAUCAUGUGUCGCUGCUCCACUCCCCUGGAGAACUCUGUCAAAGAGAAGAUCUCCAUGUUUUGUCACGUAGAACCUGAACAGGUGAUCUGCGUGGCAGACGUGUCGUCCAUCUACAGAGUGCCUUUGCUACUGGAGGACCAGGGGGUGGUAGGCUACUUCUGUCAGAGACUAGAACUUCCUAUAGAGACACGCCCCAGGAAGAUGCUUACCAAGUGGAAGGAGAUGUCUGACAGGUCAGACAGGCUCCUAGAGCAGUGUUCUAUAGCCCUGGUGGGGAAAUACACCAAGUUCACAGACUCCUACGCGUCAGUCAUCAAAGCUCUGGAACACUCGGCCCUAGCCAUCAACCACAAACUGGAGAUCAAGUAUAUUGACUCAGCAGACCUGGAGCCAAACACACUGACGGAGGAGCCCGUGAAGUACCACGAGGCGUGGCAAAAACUCUGCAGUGCUGAUGGCAUCCUGGUACCUGGGGGGUUUGGAGUCAGAGGGACAGAAGGGAAGAUUCAGGCUAUCAACUGGGCACGCAAACAGAAGAAACCCUUCCUAGGUGUGUGUCUAGGGAUGCAGCUGGCUGUGUGUGAGUUUGCCAGGAACAUGCUAGGCUGGGAAGAUGCCAACUCAACAGAGUUUGAUCCCGAAUCAAAGCAUCCUGUGGUGAUUGACAUGCCAGAACACAAUCCUGGGCAAAUGGGCGGGACCAUGAGGCUGGGAAAGAGACGGACCAUUUUCAAGACCACCAACAGUAUUCUAAGACGACUUUACGGAGAUGUUGAGUAUGUGGAUGAGAGACACAGACAUCGCUUUGAGGUGAACCCAGAGUUGAAGGAGCACUUUGAGGGGAAAGGCUUUCACUUUGUGGGUCAAGACAUAGAAGGCGAGCGAAUGGAAAUCAUCGAGCUAGACGAUCAUCCCUAUUUCGUAGGGGUGCAGUAUCAUCCUGAGUUCACCUCUCGCCCCAUCAAACCAUCGCCUCCCUACUUUGGCCUCCUGCUGGCAUCAGCCGGGAAACUACAGAGCUACCUGCACAAGGGCUGCCGCCUGUCUCCACGGGACACGUACAGUGAUCGGAGCGGUAGCAGCACCCCAGACUCCGAAAUAGCUGAGUGCUCCAUCUCACAGGAAUGAAUGUGACUGCGGAACACAAGGGGGGAAAGAAACAAUGAAGAGGAUCGUCACAAGUCAAGGGAUGGAAUGUUUUUUUAAUUUUAUUUUUAGACAUUUUUCCUGACCUUCCUGAACUGAUGAACUGAAAGGGAUUGUUUAGUAUUUUUCUAUAUGCUCGUGACAACGAUCAUGAAAUUGACCUCUUUGUACUUUUUGACAAUCAUAGUACAUUGAGUACGUAACUGUAUAAUACAUGGUUAUUUUGUGACUUUCAUUUAUAUGCAGUCUUGAAUAUGUAUAAUUAUCUUUGUCUGAGAAGGAAGUGACUGCUGUUUCUUCGACCUUUAUUUAUCCAGAAUAAAAUCCCUUGAUAGCUUCAAGGUAGAAUUGUAUGCAUUUUAGUGACAAGAAUACAGGACUGGACUGUAAAAAAGAUGAACAAACCAAUGGAUUGGUCAGGAUUUGUCCAAUCUCUGGACAUAUAUUAUGCAUACUUGUGUAAUAGCAGUAUUCUGAGGGACUGGGUCUUUUUGGUUUCAUUGAGUUAAGAACGUACAACCUGUUUAUAUUGAUGUGAUAGUGUUACUCAGCCACUGAAUUUACUUUGUGAAAUUAUAUUAAUGUAAAAUUAAUAUUACUGGUAGUACAAUGGAUGUUGAACCCUUUUGUCAGUGAAGAUUGCAUGUGAUGUUGCCUCAUUUCAAUCCAGACAGGUUUAUAGAUCUCUGUGAUUACUGAAAUGAAGAGCAGGAUGAUCCUCCUUUACAUGCUUUGCUCAUUAGGCAUUUGAUCAAGAUUUUGUAUACAUUGGGUUGAAUUCAUGAAUAGGAAUGACUGUUCCAGGCAAAUUAGGUACUUAAUUCAACUCAAUUACAUUUAGCAGUAGUGUCCUCAGGUUUGUGGACUGGCACUAAUCAACCCCUAUAAAGGGAGACACUGAGUUAUGUGACCAAUUGUUUCCGGUAAGCUACGCGGAAAAAAAUAAUUAAAAAGCCCCAUCAAUUAGAUAUUUUGCUAGGAAGUUAAAUCUGCUGUACCUGUGCCAAAACGCAGACAUGGCUCCUCUAGCUUGUUCAUCUAAAAGUGAUGAGACAAACAUGGUGAGCAAUGUUUGGAACAUUGAAUCGCAAUACAUAGCACCAAGGUCCCUGGUUUAAAAAUAGUUACCUGCCCGUCAGAACUUUACACCUCAAUUUGGUCUGUAUUGAUUUAACGUAACUUGGUAUAGUUGGGAGAGAAUGAAAGCUGAGCUUUCAAAGAGCCAUGAAAUAGGAUUCACCGAAAAGCCUUUGACUAGACCUACUCUUAAGGCCAUGCAAUUUCCUACGAAAACUAUUCAAAUAAAGCAUGAACUCCAGACUUAAGGAUACGUGUGAUCUCAAUUUGGACAUGCUCAUGUUCCAGUGGCGAUUUUAGCAUGUAAAUCGUGGGAUGCAUGUCAGCAAAGCCACUGCACAACACAUGAAUUGCACUGUUAGGGCCUACAUAAAGCUGUACCAACAUCUUACCAGUUCUACACCUGGCUCUCAACAUGUCUGGCAGCAAAAGUUAAUUCAGAUUAAUUUACUGCUUUCCAGUGUUUCCUGCAGACAAUAUUUAUGCUGUAGUUUGUACAAGGCAAUCUGUAAUUAAUUAAGAGGUGUAGUCAACUAUUUGGUCAGCACUUCAACAAUUCAGAACAUGGGUCACUCUUAAUGUUCUCCCUGUACAUAGUCAUAAGCAGACAAUUGAAGCCCUUUGAUUAAUUUCUCAAAACAGGUUGUAGGCUAAAUUAAGGGUAAAUAGACUAAAGGUGAUUGGCUACAUAUGCUUGGUAUUACUUAACAGUAUAGAAAUCUAUCGCUUAGGCAGCAGCAUACUAGACCCCCCUUGUGCUGUGCUCACUUAAAAAGGUGGAACAGCAGUCAUUUGUAGGCAAAUUCUCAGUCUGGAUUUAUGGUCCUUUCAAUACCACUGGGAAUUGUUGAAUCAUGUGAAAUGCCUCAAAGUCUUAAUUCUAGAAAGAGGCCAGAGUUCCUAUGAGUUGGACAAAAGCUCAAAACAUAUUUUUGCAGUUGUAGCUUUCGUCAUCUUCCCCAGUUGUCUUGAACUCUGAUGCCGUUCCACGGCCAGUUAAACAUGGCCAAUGGUAAGUUUUUUUUUUUACCACAGAAGGGACCCUUAGAGACCACUGAACAGGCUAACAAUUUUCUAAAC